GCGUGCGAAUAGGUUAGCCACCUGUGAAGAAUUCGUUGUUUAUGUGGCCCGAAGACUUUUUUGUUAUAAGUCGGCGCUUCAUUCGCACUUAACCUCAUUCAUUUUCAUAGAAAUUAACUUACAGUUAAUAGAAAAUGAAGUCCGACGUGGAGGAGUUAAUGCCGAGGUUGCUGCCCAUUGAGUUUGGAGCUGGUGCGGAGGACCUGGACCUGAACGGACCGCCGAGAAACCCACGUGAAUACCUCCGUCAAGUCCAGCUGGAGGCGUCGCUAUGUCCAGAGGUGGUGGUUGCUCAGAUUGACCCAAAGAAACUGAAGAAGAAGCAAACCGUCAAUGCAUCUGUGGCAGGUUGCCAUGCUGCUCCAUUGGGUUUCUCCCCCACUCUCACUUGGCAGCAGCAGCAAGUCAGCAACUUCUCAGACAUCAGACAGAGCAUCGCAAAGAACAGGAAACACUGGAGCAGCCAGAAUCUGGACGACAAUGUGCUGAUGCCAAAGCUUACGGAUGAGGAGGGCUGGAAGAGAUUUUGUUUAGGAGAGAUGGUCUAUCUGGGCACUUCGUCCUGCCACACAGAUGCCGAUCCAGAGCCAGCACUGGAUUAUAGCAAGAUGGGCUUCCCUCCCUUCCUCAGCAUAGUGAGCAGACUGAACCAGUCCACAGUGCUGAUGGUGUUGGAAAUUCUCAUCAGUUGGUUUGAGGAACAUGAGUUUGUUCCACAGUUGGGUCGCUGGCUGUAUUCUUUGUUGGCCUGCCUGGAGAAGCCUCUGCUGCCUGAAGCCCACUCCUCAAUCAGACAGCUAGCCAGGAGAUGUGCUCAGUGCCGCAGCACGCUGGAGAGUCCUGAGGACGAGACGCUGCCUGCCCUCAACCUGCUCAUCUGUCUUGUCGCCAGAUACUUUGAACAGAAUGACCUGGCAGACCAGCCGGAGUGAACAAUGGGUUGAACUGUGGUGAUAAAGUAGUGACCAGUAUCAACAAACAUUAAGGAGGAAUACGCUGAAAGCUCUCUUUGUCACAGUUCAGACAACAGGCUGUACAGUCAACAAGAAAUGUUUGACGAUGGAGGUUCUUAGCCAGCCUCUGUGCACAUGUUGCAAUGAGAUGUCGCAGACAGAACCAAUGGGACUGGAUCGUAAACCCACAAAUCGUAUUAUUGCAAGCAACCAAGUCAUUUGGUCACUUGAAUGGACCUCUGCUGAUGCAACUGGACAGAAGCCAAAACGGUACAAUGACGAUCUGUAGAAGUGCAACUUUUUUUCUUUAUGAAUUUAUUCCUGAGGUUUAUGGAUGUAAUGCAAUAUUUGUGUAUGAAACUGUGAAAAAGUACUUGUGUAUUUUGUUGUUUCAAGUGUUUGAGCCCCAACAAAUAUCUCAAAUUGUUGCCAGUAUUAAUACUGUGGCUUUUUAGCAGCAAAGUGACAAGGCUCUAGGUCCAUCUCCAAAGAUCCGCUUUGGUCCGGAGUGAAAUAUCUGCACAGACAGAAGUACUGCACAUAUCACCCACCAGGAAAUUUAACACACAAUGAUCCACACAGGAUGAAUUUGAG